AUGUAAUUACUUGGCACACAUAUGAACGCGCCCCAUAGAACAUGGUAAAAUUUCCCGCCUGGGGAGACGACCUCGGGAGCCUUGCCAAGCAUCCAACGGCACGUACCCGCCAAUCGUUAUCGUUCGCUAAGCACCAUCCCUUCCGAGGCUGCGAGGCUGACCUUUUCAACCCACCUCGACGUCGAGGUGCAGCUCCCAGCUUCCUUCCAUCGACACGCUGUUCUGACGCGAAACCGAACGGCUGAUCCGGCCAUGGCCCUCUCCCCAAUGGUCUUGCAUCCUGGAGAUGCCCUUCAGAACGGUGGCUCAAGACCAGCAACCUCGCCGUUCAAGAUUGUCAAUUCUACCGCCGCUUCCUCCAACGGGACACCCGCUACAUCUGUAGCUCCAAAUGCCACUGCCGCUGUGCAGUCGGCAUCUCUGGAUCUAGCGGAACAGCUCAACGAGGACGAGAAGCGCAAAUAUGUCAAAGGCAAGAAGCUUGGUGAAGGUACAUAUGCCAAUGUCUACCUCGGACAUCUGCGCAACGACCCGUCCGAACUCGUCGCCAUCAAGAAGAUCAAGAUUCAGAAGGAAUAUACGGAGGGUAUGGCACCAGAUGCCGUGCGAGAAAUCAAGCAUCUGCAGGAACUCUCGCAUCCGAACAUCAUCACGCUACACUCCGUCUUCUCAUCGAAAGAUCAGAAUCUCAACCUGGUCCUUGAGUACCUUCCCUUCGGUGACCUGGAAAUGCUUAUCAAGGAUAACGAUGGUAUACAAUACGGCCAGGCCGACAUAAAGGCGUGGGCUGGUAUGCUCACACGCGGAGUCUGGUUCUGCCACGAGAACUUUGUUCUGCAUCGAGAUAUCAAGCCCAACAACUUGUUGAUUGCCGCCGACGGAGAGGUCAAGCUUGCCGAUUUCGGCCUGGCGAGGAGUUUCUCAGACCCUUACAUGCCCAUGACCUCGAAUGUCAUCACACGCUGGUACAGGCCUCCCGAGCUGCUUUUUGGAGCAAAGCAUUACUCGGGAGCUGUCGAUAUAUGGUCGGUUGGCUGUGUGAUAGCGGAACUCGUCCUGCGAGUACCAUAUAUGGCAGGCAACACGGAACUCGAACAAAUCAAACUCAUCUCUGAUUUCAUUGGUACGCCGACGGAGGAAAACUGGCCCGGCGUAACGUCGUUGAGGGAGUAUACCGCUGGCGACAAAGUCACCCCUGUACAACCUAAAUCGCACUACCAGCAAUGGUUCGGGUCUCUGGGACCUGAUGGUAUCGACUUGCUCAUGAAGACCUUGAUUCUGGAUCCGAGGAAGCGAAUCACAGCGCGCGGAAUGCUGGACCAUGAGUGGUGGCGUAGGGAACCGAAACCGACACGUAAGAAGGAUUUACCUCGCAAGUCAGAUGGAGGCGCAAAGUUGGGAGCAGAUCUCGGACAGGCUCCUGGUGCUGUAGACGAUGACAGAGGCAAAAAAGUGGCACGGAAACUAGACUUUGGGGCUGCCAAGUAACUUGGCACUGCUCAUAUCAUAGCUUCAGGAUCGCAUAUCGGUUUGGCGUUCUGGAGUUCAGGCCUGUCAUAUCAGGGGCACUCGAAAACAUUCGAAGAGCUAAAUUGCAUC